AAUUACGCGGUAUCUGUGAUAAUAGUUGACGAAACAACGUACGCUUAGUAGAGUUGAUUUUUGUGUUCAUAUUGCUUCUAAUUCGUGAGGAAUAUUCAUAAUAAUUAUUUUUUCGUCGUUGCAGACAUUAAAGUUGCAAACUUCUUUAGAAACGAGUUGAAAUAAUGUAUUCAAGUAACAAUUGAUUAGGAAUAUUGAAUUGAAGAUUGAGUCAACAAUGAUCCAAAUUGAUUUAAUUAAAAAUAAAAAAUUGAUCAAUAAUUUAGUUCAAUAUAUUAUUUUGUUGAAUUAAUUUCAAGUUUUGUAUAUAUAUAUAUAUAUAUAUAAUAUAUCAAUAUUACAGCUACUCUGUUACAUUGUAGCUAAUUGAAACUAACAAGAAUAAACUAUUAAGAUUACUUAAAUCUCCAAAAAAAAUAUCGCAUUGUCUUGUAUGUAAUACGAUGUUAAUAUUUAAAUUACAAUGAAGUUGUUAGUUUUUAUUCCACAAACUUUCCACACCGAAAAAUCUGGCUAUGUAUUUGGUAAAAUUAUAUAUGACAAACAUAGAAAUAUGAAAAAAUAUUAUAUUGUUGGAAUAUGUGAAAAAGAUAUAAUUGAAAUAAAUAAGUCUGUUAACCUUAUUGGUUAUUAUUAUAAUACCAAUUGUAUUAUUGAAAAUGUAGAUAGAAAGUAUAUUGACUGGAUGGAUAUUUAUCUUACCACAGUGAACUCAUCGUGUAAUACAGAUUAUAAUUAUUGCAUAGAAAAUAUUAUUAGUAAUAAUAGAAAAAUUUGUCUAUCGUCUUGUUCUGUUAUCAUAAUAAUCUAUGAUUUGUUAGCACUGCAAGAGACUGAACUGUUGAUUGCUAAAACAACAUCUAAUGAUCAUUUUUAUGAGCUUAUGAAAAUAUUACAAAUGGAAGAAGUUAAAUAUAGUAUAAAAAAGAAAUCUAAGUUUGUUUCUAUAAAGGAAACUUUUAUUUAUUAUAAUGCAUAUUUAUGUUUGAUUCCAAUUCUUUUUUUUCUAAAAAUCACAAAUAAAUUACUACCAAUAUUAAAAUAUUCAUCAUUGGGUUUACAUUUAAAUGGGUGGCUAGAAAAUGCUAAAUGGAUCUUGAUCAAUAUAAUACAAAAAAAAAGAAUUACCUUGAAAACAGGCAGUUAUAUUUCUGCGACAAUUAUAGAUAUUUUAUUUGGUGUAAUAGUUUUACAAUUAUCAUUACGUUACUUUAAUGAUAUAUCACCUUCUGAAGUAUUAUUAAAGAAUGCAGAGAAAGUAGUGGAGUCAUUGAAAAAUUUGAUUCAGUGGCUAAUGGGUGCUCCAGCUGGCUUAAAAUUAAAUUAUGCAUUUAAUAAUAUGCUUGGAAAGUUUUUCUUAUAUCAUAUACAUCUAUGGUGGACAUUUUUGAUAUUUAUGACACCUGUAAUGGAUUUUGCAUUUGAAGUAUUAUUAUUAUUUGGAAGGCUUGGUAUUACUUUUCAAAUAUCAAUAGCCUCUGAUUUUUUAGCACUUAUUAGUUUCCACACAUAUUGUAUUUAUGUUUAUGCAGCAAGGCUCUUUAAUAUUCAAUUAAAUGCACUCAUAUCUCUAUUUAGACUGUUUUUGGGCAAGAAAAAAAAUCCUUUACGAGAAAGAGUGGAUUCUUGUCAAUAUAAACCAGAUCAAUUAUUUGUGGGGACUUUAUUAUUUACCAUUCUUCUAUUUCUUGUACCAACAACAUGGGUAUAUUAUACAGUUUUUACUACGUUUAGACUUUUGCUAACUGGCUUUAGUGGACUUCUAGCUAGAUUAAGACUUUAUUUUCAAGUUACACCCGUCUAUGCAUUUAUUAAAUGGUUAUUUAAUUCUUAUUGUACACGUAGUAGCAUUUAUAUUAAAUUACAUUCACAUCAGUCAAAGAAUAAUAUGACAAUAACUUUGUGGAUGACAAUGGUCACAUCCUCAUGGGGUCAAACAUGGAAAAACUGUGUUAUAGAUACCAUCGCUUAUCAACCAUCUAUUAAAUGGAGCGAAAUAUUGAAUAGUAUAAUAUGGGGACAAUUAAUAUAUCCAUUAUAUUAUAAUUUCUUGGAUACUACAUUUUCAUUAUCAAUCCCUGAUACAAUCUUUGGUACAAGUUCUAAUAAUGAUUCAUAUGGAUGUCUUUCAGAACCCGUGCUCAGCUUAUUCGUAUACAAUAUAAUUAUUUUAUCAUCGUAUAUUAUGGGUUUCGAGAAUACGUCAGAUUUUGGGGUUAGAAAAUCCAAAUCGCGAAAGCGUACGAAAAUCCGAAAGAAUAUAUUGGAAGAUAAGAAAUCUCAAGUAAAUUGUGACACAAAUAUUAUAAAGAAUGCCAAUGAUGAAACAGGAGAAUCUAAUGAAGCUUUUCUGGAAAGAACACAACAGAGGACAAGUAAACGCAAAAUUAAUGAUAAAGUCUCUAAAAACAGUCUUAAUCAUAAAGCAACAAAAAGCAAAAUAGAAGAAACUGGUAGCAUUGAUAUAUUGGAAAAGAAUUCAAGCGAUAUCGAAUCAUUGACCGAAGAAAAAAUAUCAAAACGUCGAAAACGUGGAAGUACUGCACUUGUUGAAAGUAAUGGAGGUACAGGAGACAUAAAUACUAAUGUUUCUGAAGAAAAUGCAAAAGAAACAGAAACACCUUCAAAACGAAAAAUAAAAAGAGAAAAAGCUGAACAAAGAGAAGCAGAAAAACGGGAAGCUACUAAAGUAGAAGCAACUCAGAAAGCACUUACUUAUGUUAGAAAGUGGAAAUAUUCCAAAAGUGAAUGGAAAUUCGAAAAAAUAAGACAGAUAUGGUUAAUGGACAAUUUACUUGAUGAUACUCUAAUCCCUGAUGAAGUAUUUCCAAUAGUAUUAGAGUACUUUGAAGGUUGUAAAGGUAUGGCUAGAGAACAACUUUUGAAGAAAGGUAUGGAUGUUGUACGGAUUGCAGAAGAAAAUAUAGAAAAGAGAGAUGAGACUGUAGAAUCUGUAUCAUAUAAGAGAGCUAGAUUACUUUUACAAGCAUUACCAACUGAAACAUAAUAAAUACUAGCUUAUAUCAAAUAAAAAAUUAAUUUAAAAGAAUUAUAAUUAUUGAGAAACAAUUGAAUGACUUGAAACUAUUUAAGAUUUUCAUAACAUCAGGAUAAUUACUUGUAUUUGUACCAGUUGAAUAAUAAUUAUGGUAAAUAUAUAAUAUUUUAAGAUGAACAACAAAUGAAUUAUGUAAGAUACGGGUUUAAUUGACUAAUGAGAUCAAACAUUAGUAUUUUGUGUUCUAAUUUAUAUAAAUUAUUAUCGAUAAAUGUUUAUAUACUAAAACUCAUAUCGCUGUAAAUGUUCCUGUUAUAUCUAUCUCCUUGAACGUAUAUAAAAAUAUGAAAUUGUAUGUUACAUCAUAAAUAAAUUUUAAAUUUAUUCCAUUCUACACUA